AUGUGGAUGGCUACACGAUCUAAUUCUGGGUUCUGUCACGAGGAGUCUUUGAGUUCUAUGGUGACUCGUCACGCCAUUAAUUUCCAGUCGAAUACUUCUUCAGAGAUGGUUCAGAUGGGUCCUUACUUGGGUCGAAGUGGUGCCUUGUUAGGGAUGAACAUGAUCAAUAAUGCCGCUAAUUCUGGUUUUAUCCAAACCGGGAACUCUUCGAAUUCUUCUCUUGAUUCGGUUUCUGGGCUCAAGCUAGAUACUUCCUUGGCUAGUGAAUGGUCAACACAAGAACAAUUCAAAUUGGAGGAGGGCCUUGAGAAAUAUAAGGAUAAGCCAAGUAUCAUGAAGUAUAUUAAAAUUGCAGCCACUUUACCUGACAAAACCGUUCGAGAUGUUGCUUUGCGGUGUAGAUGGAUGACGAGAAAGAGAAGAAAAGCAGAAGAAUUAAACUGUGGGAAAAGAAUAAGUUCCAGCAAGGACAAGCAUGCAGAAUCGUCUUCUAAUUCAAGCAUACCUUCUGUUUUGCCUGAAAACAUGGCUGCGUACCCUUUCUUGAUGCCCUUUACGAGCUCAAGUAAACACAUUACAUGUGAAGAUUUAAGUGGACAUGCAAUAAGUCUCUUAGAACAGAAUUCAAGAGCUUUUAGUCAAAUUAGAGCUAAUCUCUCCUCAUAUAAGGUACAGGAUAACAUAGAUCUGUUUUGUCAGACAAGGAACAACCUUCUCACCAUCCAAAAUGACAUGAAUAAUAUGCCUGGCUUGAUGAGCCAGAUGCCACCAUUGCCCAUUGCAAUCAAUGAUGAUCUCUCCGCUACUAUAUUGAGUAACUCAACUUUGGCGAUGCCAUUCAACACAAUGCAAAAUGGCGGCUUCCAUAUGAAGCAGGAGCCUUUGGGAUGA